AUGGUUGGAAACAGCACAGGGUUGGGCAUGCUCGGGCAACUCAUUGGACAGUUAGAGGAGUUUUUGGAGCUCCACGGCUCUGUUCCUCCUCCUGCGCUUCCUUCCAAUUGCUUGAUUCAGUUUCUACCUCCAUCGCACCACAGUCCGCUCAGAUGGUGUAAUUAUUUCAAUCUCGAAGACAGCUCUUUGCAAGACAGCUGGUGUAACAUGAUAAUGAGUGGUGAAGAUGUGAAAAUGCUGGGACCCGGGAAGCCGCCGCCUCCCCGCAAGAAAGUGCGCAAUGGUGAGAAAUGCGGAGUGGCCGAGAAGAUGGACUACCGCAUUUGGAAAGAAUUCCCAGAAGACCUGUUUGAGGCUGUGAUGGCGCGGCUCCCGAUUUCGUCCUUCUUCCAGCUGCGGUCCGUCUGCAGAAAGUGGAAUUCAGUUGUGGAGUCCCCCAGCUUCUCCCGAGAGUGCGCCCUCGUGGAACAGAGGCAGCAGCCCUGGUUCUACACUGUGACACAUGAGAACGUGGGCACAGGCGGCGCCAUGUACGACCCCCUCUCCAGGAAGUGGCGGCGCCGCACUCUGGAAGCCACCGCAACAAAGCCAAUUGUGCUCCCCGUGGCUUCAGCCGGCGGCCUUGUAUGCCUCCUUGACAUCGGCCACGAGAGCUUCUACGUGCGCAACCCCCUCACAGGGUCUUUCAGAGAGCUGCCCCCCGCACGCACACGGGCAGUCAGGGUGUGGUCCCGCGUGGCGGUUGGGAUGGCCCCGCAUCCACAUGGAGGCUACAAGGUUAUCUGGGUGGGGUGCGGGGGGGACUACGAGGUGUACGAGUCGGGCAGGGGGAGUUGGGGUCGUGGGGGGAUGGUGCCGUCGAGUGUGCGGGUCCCAUUGGGGCUGAAUUUCAGGUCGCCAGCAGCGUGCGUGGGCGGGGCCCUCCACUUUCUUCGCUCGGAGCCAGAUGGACUGCUCACAUACGACGUGGGGAGCGGCGCGUGGGGGCAGGUGGCGGUGCCACUGCCGCCGUGCUCGGGGGACCACGCUCUGGCCGAGGGUGGUGGGGGCCGCGUUCUGCUGCUGGGGCUGCUAACAAAGAAUGCGGCCACGUGCGUGUGCGUGUGGGAGCUGCAGAGGAUGACGCUCUUGUGGAAGGAGGUUGACAGAAUGCCAAAUGUGUGGUGCUUGGAGUUUUACGGGAAAAACGACGUCAGGAUGACUUGCCUGGGGAACAAGGGCUUGAUCAUGCUGUCAUUGAGGUCCAGGCAGCUGAACCGCCUCGUCACUUAUGAUAUAUCCACCCGGGAGUGGCUCAGGGUGCCUGGAAAGAGGAAGCAGUGGAUUGCGUGCGGGACCGCUUUUCAUCCUUGUUUGACUGCAUCGCCUUAG